CUACGUAUUUUGUACUCCUUUUUCUUUUGGUAGUCGAAUAUAAUAUCAAGAAUCGCUUAGAUGUUCCGAUUUGUAUGCACUUUUCCGUCUAUAAGGUCGUCAGGCAUCACACCAAGAAAUUAUCAUGCGGGGUUUCCUUCAAAGGUAGCAUCCCAUGGCAACCACUCCAUCGCCGGUGCUCCUACCAGACCAGUUCGUGCGGUGAUUACACCUUCUGCGUCACACGCCCGGGGCAUCGCCAUCCCCGCUUCAACCGCCGCUGGGCACAUCGAAGAGCCUCAGCAGCGGUCCCCUCGUAAGCUGCUUGUUGAUUUUGGGGACUUCACCGCUGCCUAUAAGUACCAGAAUCUCGCUACACUUCUGAGGUCUUAUUCUGUUCUCAAAUUGUGUCAGUAUGGGGUGCUGGUACGUAACUCUCGUAAGCUAAUUGAUUUCUCAUACACAGUUCUAGGGGACAAGCUCACGAACCGUUUAAUGGAGUUCACCUUCUAUGGUCACUUCUGUGGUGGCGAGGACGCAGUCAGUGUAGAGAGAAGCAUACAAAUCCUCAAAAAUGCCAAUGUAGGCGCUAUUUUAGAUUACGCAGCCGAAGCAGACGUUGAGGAGGAUAUGGUGGACCAGGUGACAGAUCUCUCUGGAGGUGUCAAUCAAGAUGAGAUCAUAGCGCGUACUUACAGCUACGAGAACGAGGCUCACUGUGACAUUAAUAUGGACGUAACUAGACAUGCAGUUAUGUCUGCUGGAGAGGGUGGUCCCGGUGGAUUCGCCGCCGUUAAGCUCACUUCUCUGGGUCGCCCUGAUUUCCUCGAAAGUAUGGCUAAAAAGCUAGUAAACAGUAACCUGAGUCUCUCUGGGUGUCUUAAAACCAUGUGCGCCGAGGAGGUUAUUCAGUACGAGAAUAUGAUCGGUCGCGUUGAGAAGCUUGCAACCACGGCGCAGAAGAUGGGGGUAUCGCUUCUCAUCGAUGCCGAACAAACGUACAUGCAGCCUACCAUCGAUCGUGUUGUUCUAGACCUACAACGUCGGUACAACAAGGACACGCCUGUAGUAUACAACACUUUCCAAUGCUACUUGACGGACUCAGCGAGUCGUGCUAAGCGGGAUUUGGAGUACGCUAAGAAGGAGGGAUGGAUUUUCGCCGCCAAAUUUGUUCGCGGUGCGUACAUCGUGCAGGAGCGUGCGCGUGCGGAACAGAUGGGGUACGAAGAUCCUAUUCACGACACUAUCUAUGACACACAUAAGAAUUAUAACGAUUGUGUGAGAAUGGCUCUGAAAGACAUCUCUCAUUGCUCAAUCAUGGUGGCUACGCACAAUGAGGAGUCUGUCUGGCGCACAGUUCAGCAGAUGAAGGCUAUGGGCAUCCCGCAAAAGGGAAGUGGUGUAUACUUUGGUCAACUGCUCGGUAUGUGUGACCACAUUACCUACAAUUUAGGACGUGAAGGUUUCGAAGCAUUCAAGUAUGUUCCGUAUGGCCCAGUUCAUGAGGUUCUUCCGUACUUGAUCAGAAGAGCGGUGGAGAACUCUGACAUCAUGGGCAGUGCCCAAAAGGAGCUGACGCAGCUGAAGGUCGAGAUCAGGAAGCGUCUGACGCUAGGUCUCAUGUAAGUGUUUUCCUUUAGUAUUAGUUAUAUAGGUCAUAUAGUGACAUUUGAUAUUGAUUUUAGAAUAUGUUUGAGGAAUAGAUAAAUAUGUACAUUAAAAGCUAUUCAUUAUCGAGA